GGUGUCACGUGAUCGGCUGCUGAGCAAGAACCUAAAAAGCCGCAACUCGGCCAUCUUAUUCUACUCCGUAAGCGAGCAGGCUGAGGCUCCGGUAGGCUUAGUGAGACGUUGGUGAAGGAGACUCGUUGCUUUGGCAUUGCCGCCUCAGGUGACCCCGCUGAGUUCUCUCGUGAGCUUCCAACGUCCCGGGACAGCCGCUCCGUCCAGCCCACCGGACUCAGCUCUCUCUCCGCUCCUUCAGCGGCCGCCGCCAGACAUUUCCUCUGCACUCCGUGCUCGUAAUAAUAUCGCAUGUCCUCUAUUCAGAACCUCAACUCUUUCGACCCCUUUGCUGAUGCAACUAAGGGUGACGACUUACUCCCGGCAGGGACUGAAGAUUAUAUCCAUAUAAGAAUUCAACAACGAAACGGAAGGAAGACUCUGACAACUGUACAGGGCAUUGCAGAUGAUUACGACAAAAAGAAGCUUGUAAAAGCCUUUAAGAAGAAAUUUGCCUGUAAUGGUACUGUGAUUGAACACCCUGAAUACGGAGAAGUCAUUCAGCUUCAGGGAGAUCAGAGGAAAAACAUCUGCCAAUUUCUUAUGGAAAUUGGCAUUGUGAAGGAAGAACAAUUAAAAGUCCAUGGUUUUUGAGAUGUGAAUGAUCCAACUUUACUGUACUGCUUGGCCUCGACUGGCAACUUUUUGAAACAUGACUCUUUGCAGCAGAAGGACUUGCUACCUUUCUGAGCGUUCAAAAUUAGGCCCUUUUUUGCAUGAUUACCAAAAGUGUAUAAAGAAUAGGCUAGUAACACAUAAGAAAAUAGCUGUAAGAUGGUAAAUUGAAGUAGUUCAUUUUUAGCACAUUUCCAAUGGAAAUGUUUUAGUGAUCUGUCCACUUUUUCCACUUUAUUUGAUGUUUUUGUUGUAUUAAACAUGUAUGUUGCUGC